UCGGUCUCGCAUGCAUGCAUGUACAGUACAUGCUUUGCAAAUGUAUGUUAUAGUGCAUGUCAGUUUUUUCUAUAUACUAUAAUAAAGUCGAGACGUGCAGUAUGUAGAUGUGUUUGCAGUAGUGCGGUAUUCUAGCAUUUUACACUUGACCAUUAGUUUGAUUGAUGAGAAGGUGUGCAUGAGCAGUCAGUGUGAGCAUCAGAUGGAUUGGAUUUAAUCCUGGAUUUGUUCCCGUAUCUAAUAUGUAUAGAGGAGAGUAAGAGGUUAGUGUAAACAGACAGGAGAUUUGUCUUCUAUAAUAAGAUUUGACGGAUGGAGGCGUCAGUCAGGGGGACAUGACAGCUAAUCCCCAUCCAACACACAGAGAGAGAGAGAGAGACAGACAGACAGAUACAUACAGACAGACACAUGCAUGCAUACAGUAUAUAUGCUCUAUUCAUAUGUACCGCUAGAUGUCGCUGCAAGCCGCUAGAUGAUUUCAGUGUUGUUGGUUUGAUAGGGAAACAUGUUGUGUUGUGUAAAUUUGCUUUUAUAAAUAUUUAUUACACGGCUCAUUUGAAUGCUUGAUUCUGAUUGGCCAGUCGCGACAUUCCAACGUUCAAAACUAAUAACACCCUGUAACCCGGAUGCUGCAAAUCAUUUUGAGAGGGGCAGUUUAAUAUUGCACAAAAAUCAUCAUAAAUAUGUCUUUUAAUGACAUAUAUGACAUUAUAUUUACAAAUGAUUAAACCAAAUCGCCUGUUCGUGACGUUUGAACGUCGUUUCUUACUUUAAAACCGGAAGGUCUGCAUUCGGUAAAAAUGAGCUGAUAAAAUAUUUCAAAUUCACAUUUCAUGUCGAGUUUUUUCUCAUGUGUGAAGUAGGCGUGUAAUAAGCGGGGUACUGUACAAGCAGCCGCUGUUAUCCUGAAAUGAGCCCCUUGAGUGAGACACAAGACCCUCCGCUUCACGUCCUGAUCACACUGUCGGGGAUUAUUUCUGCCAUAACAACCGGCUGCCUGGACAUUAUCACUUACAUAAAUAAUUCAGCAAUCCAAGAUGUGCAUACAUGUUGUAAUAAAUGUAUCAAGUUGUGGCACAGAAUUUUAAAAAUAUUUUUUGUAUUUUAACAUUUAACAAUAAAAUGCAUUCAACAAUUAGUCAAAUGUACUGAAAACUGUUUACUGGGUGUGCAGAUCGUUUGUUUUAUUUCAUAGUUUCAGUGACUUUCUUACUUUCCUACGACAGAUUCUCCAAAAUGGCUAUAUAAACAAUAAGUGGGCGUGUCCAAACUUUUGACUGACACUGCACACUUGACACAUUUCCUUGCGACUUUGUCGAAAACAUGCGUUUGUUUUACGAUAAAAACGGGGCGGGGAAUUUAACGGCCAGCCAAUAAAAACAAAGCAUGAGGGUCUCACUGCGUUAAAACUGCGCGUUCAGAUCAGGUUACUGUGUGUGCGCGCUCGUUCACAUUACUUAGCUCGCGUGUUUGUGAGCAAAACGCCCCGCACUGCCCAUGCGCUUCAACUUCCCCAAACUCAAUGACUUCUCAAGGAGUCUCCGAGUUUUGAUCUGCACUGUAUUCUUCAGAUAAAUGCGCAUUGGAGCGAGAAUUCAUGUGCACAUGGCCGGAGUUUGUGGCAAAAGCGCCGCGUCGCUGUCGGUGCUCAAGCGCUCGUUCUCGCUGCGCGCUUCCCCGCGCUCGGUGCUCGCCGGCGGGCGGCGGAGCGCGCAGGAAGGGAGGCUGGUGAGUCUUCCUCCUCACCCGUUCAGGGCUCACCGACACCCCGCGUAUGUGUGUUUCUCCUGUCAGGACUCCAUGAGUGACACGCUGCGGACCUGCUACGCGUAUCUGAACCAGACGAGCCGGAGCUUCGCGGCGGUGAUCCAGGCGCUGGACGGAGAGUUACGACAUGCCGUGUGUAUAUUUUAUCUGGUUCUGCGAGCCCUGGACACAGUAGAAGACGACAUGACCAUCCCGCUGGAGCAGAAGGUUCCGUUACUGCACCACUUCCACACGUUUCUGUAUCAGCCCGACUGGUGCUUCACCGAGAGUAAAGAGAAGGACAGACGCGUGCUGGAGGAUUUCCCCACGAUUUCUGUGGAGUUCAGGAAUCUGGGACCGGAGUAUCGCGACGUGAUCUCAGAUAUUUGUCAUCGGAUGGGAGUGGGCAUGGCAGACUUUCUGGAGACGAAAGUGGGAUCCAUGAAGGAGUGGGACUGGUACUGUCAUUAUGUGGCGGGUCUGGUCGGGAUCGGGUUGUCUCGACUCUUCUCGGCGUCUCAGCUGGAGGAUCCUGAGGUGGGACGGGACACAGAACUGGCUAACUCCAUGGGUCUGUUCCUUCAGAAGACCAACAUCAUCAGAGAUUAUCUGGAGGACCAGCGAGAGGGACGAGCUUUCUGGCCUCAGGAGGCCUGGAGUCAGUUCACAUCACGUCUGGAAGAUUUCGCUCAUCCUCAGAACCUGAGCUCCGCCCUUUCCUGUCUGAACCUGCUGGUGACAGACGCGCUCCGUCACGUCCCUGAUGUCAUCGCGUAUCUGUCCCGCCUUCGCAAUCAGAGCGUCUUUAACUUCUGUGCCAUUCCUCAGGUGAUGGCGAUAGCAACUCUUUCAGCGUGUUACAACAAUCCUCAGGUGUUUCAGGGUGUGGUGAAGAUCCGUAAGGGUCAGGCUGUGACUCUCAUGAUGCAGGCCACAAACAUGAGUGCUGUUCAGAGUAUCAUCACACAGCACAGUCAAGAGAUCCUACAGAAAGUGUCCAUGACAGAUCCCUCUCGAGAGAAGACGCUGUGUAUCCUGACUGUGAUCCGAGAGAAGAGUUUGUCUCCGGCCGCUCUGUCCUCGAGAGCACAUCACCUGUCGCCCGUCUAUGUGUCAGCGGCCAUGCUGCUGGCGGCUCUCAGCUGGCAGUAUCUCAGUGCCACCUCGGGUCAGCCACCAGGGGGCGCAGACAUGCAGGGACACUGACACUGACUGGACGUUAACACACAGACACGGAGAGCGUCCGGUAUCUGCUCAUAUCCACCCGCUCUUCACUUGAGAGGGAGUUUUAAUCUCAUGAAAUUGUGACUUGACUUGAUUUCAUUUCACCACAAAGUCAAAAGGGAAACGUUUCUGUUUCGCUGAGAUUUGUUUUUGUGCUCGGACGAAUCAUCCUUAACUUCAAGGAUAAUAGUGUAAUGUUCUCAUUCCUGGGAGAUUUUAACUCUCAUGAAACGGGUUUUGAUUAUAUUUGUUUUAUUCCGUUGUGUGAAGCCCCUCCGUGUCACAUUUCACCCCUAAACAAAAAGAGAGAAAUAAGAAGUCCAUUGAAGGAUUAAAGUGUUGAAGUGUAUCUGGAAGUGUUGCUGUUUGAUUUUGGGGCGUUUAAGAACACGCGCAUAUAUAUAUAUAUAUAUAUAUUGAAUUGAGAAUGGAAUGUUUGAUGUGUGAUACACGGCGGUUUGGCCGUACAGCAGACGACAGUAAAGUGACCUUAAGAUUCAGCUUUUAUGUAAAGAUCUUUGUACAUAUGCAGAUGUCAACUGAUUUAGAUUUGCUAGUUUGUAAUGUGGGAGUUUGAUUUGUAAAUAAAAGAUCAAGUAUGUUUACAAAUAA